GUACUCGAGGCUACCGGUUAAAACGCCCAAGUCAGUGGCUCUCGUCCUCCUUUCUCCUACGCGGCCGGAGAGAGGAGGGGGGAAGAGAGGAUCUCGCAGAGCGCCAUAGCCUCGGAUCCAGAAGCGGAAUUCGGUGGAGGUCUCGGGCACCUGGAUCGAUCGGAGGAAGGGAAGGCGGAGCAGCGGUGAUGGGGAAGGCGGCGGCGGUGGGGACGGCGGUGGUGGUGGCCGCGGCGGUCGGGGUGGCGGUGGUGCUGGCGCGGAGGCGGAGGAGGAGGGACCUGGAGCUGGUGGAGGGAGCCGCGGCGGAGAGGAAGAGGAAGGUGGCGGCGGUGAUCGAGGACGUGGAGCACGCGCUGUCGACCCCGACGGCGCUGCUGCGGGGCAUCUCGGACGCCAUGGUCACCGAGAUGGAGCGAGGCCUGCGCGGGGACAGCCACGCCAUGGUUAAGAUGCUCAUCACCUACGUCGACAACCUCCCCACCGGAAAUGAACAGGGGUUGUUUUAUGCAUUGGAUCUUGGAGGAACCAACUUCCGCGUCCUGCGAGUCCAACUCGGUGGCAAGGAGAAACGUGUCGUCCAACAACAGUACGAGGAAGUCUCAAUUCCACCACAUCUGAUGGUUGGAACUUCCAUGGAACUGUUUGAUUUUAUUGCUUCUGCAUUGUCAAAAUUUGUUGAUACUGAAGGUGAUGAUUUCCACCUCCCAGAAGGGAGACAGAGAGAGCUGGGCUUCACCUUUUCCUUCCCAGUGAGCCAGACAUCAAUAUCGUCAGGAACGCUCAUCAAGUGGACAAAGGGUUUCUCCAUCAAUGACGCGGUUGGCGAAGAUGUUGUAUCUGAGUUGGGCAAGGCCAUGGAGAGGCAGGGAUUAGAUAUGAAAAUUGCAGCAUUGGUUAAUGACACUGUCGGCACAUUGGCUGGUGGGAGGUAUGCGGAUAACAGUGUUGUUGCUGCUAUAAUAUUGGGCACUGGUACAAAUGCAGCAUAUGUUGAGAAUGCUAAUGCAAUUCCUAAAUGGACCGGUUUACUGCCUAGGUCCGGAAAUAUGGUAAUCAACACAGAAUGGGGGAGCUUUAAAUCAGAUAAGCUUCCUCUUUCAGAAUUCGAUAAAGCAAUGGAUUUUGAAAGCUUGAAUCCUGGAGAGCAGAUAUAUGAAAAGUUGAUUUCUGGCAUGUAUCUUGGAGAGAUAGUGCGAAGAAUCUUGCUGAAGCUUGCUCAUGAUGCAGCUUUGUUUGGGGAUGUUGUUCCAUCUAAGCUAGAGCAACCGUUUGUACUAAGGACACCGGAUAUGUCAGCCAUGCAUCAUGACUCGUCACAUGACCUUAAAACUGUUGGAGCUAAGCUAAAGGAUAUCGUCGGGGUCCCAGAUACUUCCCUGGAAGUAAGAUACAUUACCAGUCACAUUUGUGACAUAGUUGCAGAGCGUGCUGCACGCUUGGCUGCUGCUGGCAUAUAUGGGGUCCUAAAGAAGCUAGGUCGGGACAAGAUGCCAAAAGACGGCAGUAAGAUGCCUAGGACUGUCAUUGCCUUGGAUGGUGGGCUCUAUGAACAUUACAAGAAGUUCAGCAGUUGCUUAGAAUCAACUCUAACAGACCUUCUUGGGGAUGAUGUCUCGUCUUCGGUGGUUACCAAGCUGGCCAACGAUGGUUCUGGCAUUGGAGCUGCUCUUCUCGCAGCCUCGCACUCCCAGUAUGCCGAGAUCGACUAGCUUUAAGGAUGAUCUUGAUGAAUGAUGAAUCAAACUCCGUUUGUAGGUUCUCAUUUCCCCCUUCAAAAUCCACAUAAUACUCCUGGCUCCCCCCUUGAAAUCUUACCAUCUUUUUUUGGCUAUUCUGAGGGCAAACAUAAGUGCCUCUGCAGCGGGAUAUAGCUAGUAUAGCGCCAAUGAGUUUGGAGGUUUUCUAAUGGCAUAAAACGUUGGAUGGCAGUAGCAGACUAACAGGGAAAUGGAGGCACAGGCAAUUUCCAUUCCUGUUCUGUCAGAUUCUUUUCCCCCUUAAUUGAUGUUGAGAACCAAGAUUUUUUUGCUCUGUAUUUUCUCUUCGUAAUAAAGAAGGGGACAUAAUCUAAUUGCUCUUGUUUGAUCUCAUAUAUGUAUGUGACUGCACUCUCACUGUCCCAAAAUUUUAUAGAUGCAUUUACAAAGUUACAAUA